AUGGUGUCUUCGAGGGCAAAAGACCACUCGAUAAUUGGCUCCUCCUGGACAACUCUCGGUAUUGCAACAAUAUUGGUCGCUCUUAAACACCGUGCAUGCGUUGUUGCAGCCACCAGGUGCUCACAACUCAUUUGGGCAUUGACCAUUGAUGUCGGCGAUGCAGUGGAUUCACUGGCUGCAACCGUUGGAGUCCCUUGUUUGACACCGACCACGACCGGACCUGUCGAAGCUGCAACAUGUUCAAGCCCAAAUUCGAGCCGCUGUAGUGCCUGCAUCAACAUUGAUUCUCCAAGUUUGGCCACUGCGAAGCUAUCUGCUUCCAUGGCGUACGGCAGCAACCCAGGCUGUGAACGGACAAUUGUUACGAAUAUCGAAUGUGGCUACAUUGGUGCAAUGGAAUAA